AUGGUCGUAGUUCUAUCAAGUCUCCGCCCAAAGCUCAGACCGAACGCUGGCCGACUGAGACGCGGAAUUGAUUGGGAUAGGGUCAUCGCAGACGGAGAGUCUGAGAUUGAUGAAAAGCAGGCACUAGACCACAGACCACAAACACGCCGGCCCUCUGGCCGUCCGGCGGCAGUCUGCGACAUGGCGAGUUUCACUCUGGAGCUAUUCUGGCUCCAACUCCGCCCUGCCAAGAAAUGCCAUUUUUGGAGGGCCGCAUCGAACUUGGUCUUGGCAAUGCCCUUACGAAGUAGAGUCAAGCUUCCCAUGAUUGAUUCGUUCACCUUCUCAGCUUUGAUUAACACCUCACUAUGGCUGCACCGUUGGGGUCUUCAAUCCGAAACACACCCAUUGGCGGAGUUCACUAUCCACAUGUACCAGCGACCAACCAAGCUUUUUUUUUAA